CAGCUGCGACAGCUUCCCGAGGUGCCUUGCUCUUAGCGGCACAGACGAGAGCCGUGAGAGAAGCAAGAUGGCGGACGUGCUGGAUCUUCACGAGGCCGGGGGCGAGGAUUUCGCCAUGGAUGAGGAUGGGGACGAAAGCAUCCAUAAACUAAAAGAAAAAGCGAAGAAACGGAAGGGCCGCGGCUUUGGGUCCGAAGAGGGGUCCCGAGCGCGGAUGCGAGAGGAUUAUGACAGUGUAGAGCAGGAUGGCGACGAACCUGGACCACAACGCUCUGUUGAAGGUUGGAUUCUUUUUGUCACUGGAGUCCAUGAAGAAGCCACUGAAGAAGAUAUCCAUGACAAAUUCGCUGAAUAUGGGGAAAUAAAAAACAUCCACCUUAACUUGGACAGGCGUACAGGAUACUUGAAGGGGUAUACUCUCGUGGAGUAUGAAACAUACAAAGAGGCUCAGGCUGCCAUGGAGGGACUCAAUGGUCAAGAUUUGAUGGGACAGCCAAUCAGUGUCGACUGGUGUUUUGUUCGGGGUCCACCAAAGGGCAAGAGGAGAGGUGGCCGAAGACGAAGCAGAAGUCCAGACCGGAGACGUCGUUGAUAGAUCCACUGUUGACCAGGUACUGAGAUUCCAGGCAUGGGCCACCAUAUCCAGUUUAUGUGGUCCCUAAAAUUAAUGGGGCCUUUGAGCCUGCUCAGCCAGCUCCACCUUGAAUAUGGUGCUGAACAUGAAGUUUGUUAAGUUCUACAACACAAACCCAGCUUGAGUACUUUAUCAUGGCCUUUGUUUUGUUUUGUUUUGUUUUUUUGUUUUUGUUUUUUCGAGACAGGGUUUCUCUGUGUAGCUUUGCACCUUUCCUGGAACUCAUUCUAUAGCCCAGGCUGGCCUCGAACUCACAGAGAUCCGCCUGGCCAACUUCGGGAUUUUUUGUUUGUUUUGAAGUCUGUGGGUCACUGUGUCACUGUGGUUCACAUUGGCCUUAGACUUGAGAUACUCCCCAGUGCAUAAUGGCAAAUAUUAAACUUAACAUUUUUUUCAAA